AUGGCCGCGGUUAACCCCGACCUGCAGGCGAAGCUGGACGAACUACAAAGGGAGCUGGAGGAGGGUGAUAUCACAGAAAAAGGAUAUCAUAAGCGACGGGCACAGCUGCUUGCCCAGUAUGGCGUUUAUGCCCCCGCAGACUCACAACCAACGGGACCCCCAACCGGAGGUCUUCGCCUUCACUCACCCGACGACACAUCCCAUGUCUCCAACGACCGCCAACGCAUGGCCUCGGGUGCCGGUCUGAGCAGCGCCUCGCUCAACUUUCAGCCCUCCCGAGAGUCGGUCGCCUAUUCCGAACAUCGAAACUCCAUGGCCUUUCCUGACCAGCGAGAAUCCAUGGCCUUUCCUGACCACCGGGAAUCCAUGGCCUUUCCUGACCACCGGGAAUCCAUGGCCUUUCCUGACCACCGGGAGUCCAUGGCCUUCUCCGACUACCGCCCCCAGUCUACCUACUCCUUCCAAGAGACUCAUCCGGCCGCUUUGCUCGCACCGGGCGGUCCUAUGGCUGAUCACCGCCCCGCGAUACGACAACAUGACUCCCUCUUCCUCUUUCCUGCCCCCAACGACGCCUCUACAAGGUCGGGAACCAUGGUGUCAGGAGACUAUGCCUUCAAUCCCGAACAACACGGCGACUAUGCCGAGCCACAGCCACCGCAGCAGACCCAAUAUGACGGCAGGACCAAUACCUUGUUGAAUUCACAGGCCUACUUCUCCGAUUUUGCCGGUCAGCAAGCCCACGAGCAGCAACUCCAGGGCGAUUAUGGUGGCCCUCACAGAUACUCCUCCAGCGAUGCCUUUUCGCCCACCGCUGCUGUUGCGCCCCCUAUGCUCACGGCAAACGAUUUCCCACCACCCGGCGCUAUCCAAUUCCAGAAAGCCCUCGAGCCGCGCGAAGUCCCGUUUGCGAUAUACGACCCACACGAUCCCCGCAAGGAAAUGUCUACUUUUGACAAUAUUGCUGUCGUCCUCCGGCACCGAGGCCGUAACCUCCCCAACCGGCGAGCGUACUGGGUGCUGGACGCCAAGGGCAAAGAGAUUGCAUCCAUCACAUGGGAUAAACUUGCCUCGAGAGCCGAGAAGGUGGCCCAAGUGAUUCGCGACAAGAGCUCCCUUUACCGCGGCGAUCGCGUGGCGCUUAUCUACCGGGAUACCGAAAUCAUUGACUUUGCCAUUGCCCUAUUGGGCUGCUUUAUUGCUGGCGUCGUGGCCGUACCCAUCAAUGAGCUCCAGGAUUAUCAAAAGUUGAACCUGAUACUGACAUCAACACAGGCGCAUCUGGCCUUGACCACUGACAAUAACCUCAAAGCGUUCCAGCGUGACAUUACAACCCAAAAGCUCCAUUGGCCAAAGGGCGUUGAGUGGUGGAAGACCAACGAGUUUGGCAGUUAUAGCCAGAAGAAAAAGGACGAAUUGCCCCCUUUGUCGGUUCCAGAUCUGGCCUACAUCGAAUUCUCCCGCGCCCCAACCGGUGAUCUUAGGGGUGUUGUGCUCAGCCACCGUACCAUCAUGCAUCAGAUGGCCUGCCUGAGCGCCAUAGUCACCACCGUGCCCGGCUCCAAGCCCGGCGACACGUUUAACACGACUUUGCGCGAUACAAAUGGCCAUUUAGUGAGUCGCAGUUCCGCCAAAAGCGAAACCUUGCUUUCAUAUCUGGAUCCUCGGCAAGGCGUCGGCAUGAUUUGGGGGGUUCUAUUUGCCGUAUACGGAGGGCACACCACUAUUUGGCUCGAAAACAAGGCGGUCGAGGUACCCGGUCUUUACGCCUACCUAAUCACCAAGUACAGCCCCACCAUGAUGAUCGCCGACUAUCCUGGACUCAAACGAGCAGCCUACGACUACCAGGUCGACCCAAUGGCAACAAGAAACUAUAAAAAGGGCAUGGAGCCCAACUUUUCAUCUGUCAAGCUGUGCCUGAUAGACACAUUGAUUGUCGACGGCGAGUUCAACGAGCUUCUCGCCGACCGUUGGUUCAAACCAUUGCGGAACCCUCGUGCGCGAGAGGUUGUUGCGCCCAUGUUGUGCCUCCCGGAGCACGGAGGCAUGAUCAUCAGUGUCCGGGACUGGGUGGGUGGCGAGGAGAAUAUGAAAUGCCCGCUUAAACUGGAGAUUGAGUCGGAUACGGAAUCGGAGGGUGAAAAACCAAAGGAUCCCGAAGAAGACAAGCCUACCACCUCUAACGGUUACGGAAGUCUUCUGGGCGGAACGACGGUAAACGCGGCGGCAGAACACCGCGCAAAGAACGAACUGAGUGAAGUACUGCUUGACAGAGAAGCAUUGAAAACCAACGAGGUGGUGGUGGUGGCCAUGGGCGCAGAUGUUAGUAAGAAGGCUAGCAGUGAGCCAGGAACGGUUCGCGUCGGCGCAUUCGGCUACCCUAUCCCCGACGCAUCUCUCGCUAUUGUCGACCCGGAGACCGGCCUACUCGCUUCGCCACAUACCGUGGGAGAGAUCUGGGUCGAUUCUCCCUCGUUGUCUGGUGGGUUCUGGGCGCUACCAAAGCACACCGAACAGAUCUUCCAUGCUCGACCUUUCACCUUCGAACCCGGUUCGACGCUUCCAACCCCGACCGAACUGGAGUAUCUUCGAACCGGUCUGUUAGGCACCGUUAUCGAGGGCAAGGUCUUCGUCCUGGGCCUGUACGAGGACCGUAUCCGGCAAAAGGUGGAAUGGGUCGAGCACGGCACCGAGGUGGCCGAGUAUCGUUACUUCUUCGUGCAGCACAUCGUUGUUAGCAUCAUGAAAAACGUACCCAAGAUCUCUGAUUGCUCCGCCUUUGACGUGUUUGUCAACGAGGAACAUCUACCUGUUGUGGUGCUUGAAUCUCAAGCUGCCUCUACAGCUCCAGCUACCAGUGGAGGACCGCCUCGGCAGUUGGACACGGCUCUCCUGGACUCGCUGGCUGAAAGGUGCAUGGAUGUGUUGAUGCAGGAACACCACCUUCGUGUGUACUGUGUCAUGAUCACCGCUCCGAAUGCUCUGCCACGGGUGAUGAAAAAUGGCCGCAAGGAGAUUGGCAACAUGCUCUGCAGGAGGGAGUUCGACCAGGGCAACCUUCCGUGCGUACAUGUCAAGUUUGCCGUUGAGCAUGCUGUGCUGAACUUGCCCAUUGGUGUCGACCCCAUCGGCGGCAUCUGGUCUCCCAUGGCUUCAGAAUCCAGACAACAGGUUCUUGCCCCUGCCGAUAAACAGUACUCGGGCAUCGACCGGAGAGAGGUGGUUAUUGACGAUAGGACGUCGACCCCUCUCAACAACUUCUCCAACAUCACAGACCUGAUUCAAUGGCGAGUAGCAAGGCAGCCAGAAGAGUUGGCGUACUGCACCAUUGAUGGUCGUGGCAAAGAAGGCAAGGGUAUCACCUGGAAGAAGUUCGACACAAAGGUGGCGGCAGUUGCCCAGUACCUGAGGAACAAGGUCAAGAUCCGGGCUGGUGACCAUGUCGUCUUGAUGUACACCCACUCCGAGGAGUUUGUCUUUGCCGUCCACGCCUGCAUCAACCUUGGUGCUAUCAUCAUUCCCGUAGCGCCGAUGGACCAAAACCGUCUAUCCGAAGAUGUCCCUGCCUUCCUCCACCUGGUCGCCGACUACGGCGUCAAGGCUGUCUUGGUGAACCACGAAGUAGACCACUUGCUCAAGGCGAAGCCUGUUGCACAGCACAUCAAGCAGUCGGCUCAGUUCUUGAAGGUCCUGGUUCCGAACGUCUACAAUACCAGCAAGCCACCGAAGCAGAACAGUGGUCUACGUGAUCUAGGCAUCACAGUUGACCCCGCAUGGGUUCAGUCAGGCUAUCCCGUUGUGAUCUGGACGUACUGGACACCCGAUCAGCGACGCCUGGCAGUCCAGCUAAGUCACGACACCAUCUUGGGUAUGUGCAAGGUGCAAAAGGAGACAUGCCAGAUGUCCAGCUCCCGACCUGUCCUAGGCUGCGUGCGUAGUACCACAGGCCUAGGUUUCAUUCACACCUGUCUCAUGGGCAUCUACAUCGGCACUCCCACCUACCUACUCUCGCCCGUCGACUAUGCCCAGAAUCCGGUCUCGCUGUUCCUCAUCCUCUCACGCUACAAGAUCAAAGACACGUACGCCACCCCGCAGAUGCUUGACCACGCCAUGAGCAUGAUCCCCGGCAAGGGCUUCACCUUGCACGAGCUCAAGAACAUGAUGAUCUCCUGCGAAGCGCGCCCUCGCGUUGACCUGUUCACCAGGGUCCGUCUCCAUUUCGACGCUACCGGCCUGGAUCGCACCGCCAUCAAUACAGUCUACUCGCACGUUCUGAACCCCAUGAUCGCUUCCCGGUCGUACAUGUGCGUUGAGCCCAUCGAGCUUCACCUAGAUCCCAAGGCCCUGCGACAAGGUCUCAUUUAUCCGACGGACCCGCUACGGGAUCCCAAGGCUCUGGUCAUCCAAGACAGCGGCAUGGUGCCGGUGUCGACGCAGAUCGCCAUUGUCAACCCGGAGAGCAGGAUGUUAUGUAGCGAUGGCGAGUACGGCGAGAUCUGGGUGGACUCGGAGGCCUGCGUCAAGUCCUUCUAUGGUUCCAAGGACCAGUUCGAUGUGGAGAGAUUCAACGGACGCACGGUCGAGGACCCCAGCAUUCGUUAUGUGAGAACUGGCGAUCUUGGCUUCCUGCAUAACGUUAGCAAGCCCAUUGGGCCAGGCGGUGCGUUGGUGGACAUGCAGGUUUUGUUCGUGCUGGGAAGCAUUGGCGAGACAUUUGAGAUCAACGGGUUGAGUCACUUCCCCAUGGACAUUGAGGCUUCGGUUGAGAGGUGUCAUAGGGUCAUUGUGCCUGGUGGUUGCGCCGUCUUCCAAGCAGGCGGAUUGGUGGUGGUUCUAGUCGAAGUAGCUCGCAAAGCCUACCUCGCUUCCAUCGUCCCAGUCAUCGUCAACGCCAUCCUCAAUGAGCACCAGAUCAUUGCCGACAUCGUCGCUUUUGUCAACAAGGGUGAUUUCCCGCGGUCACGUCUGGGUGAAAAGCAACGCGGUAAGAUUCUCGCUGGCUGGGUGAGUCGCAAGAUGCGCACCAUUGCCCAGUUUGCCAUCAAGGACAUGGACAGCGCCGCUGCCGCCGGUCUCCCAGGCACAUCUGCCAGCGAACAGUCAAGCGGCGGUCACCAUGCCGGCAGCAUGUCGGAUAUACCCGAGAUUGCCCACCGCGCCAGCAUGGCAAGCAGCCACCGCUCCGGCGGGCAACAGCAAUCCCAGGGUGCCGGAUCCAGCAGCUUGCGGAACGUCGAGCCCGCGCCUCAGAUCCUCGAGCAGAGGGAGGCCGAGCAGCAAGCGAAAGUGCUCGAGGACAUGGCCAGCCUCAGCAUCCAAGCUCAACAGCAGUUCCACAACCAACAGCAGCAGCAGCAGCAGCAGCAAAUGCCUGUGGAACUACCCGCCGGUAACGAUGGCAGGCGAGCAUCGCUGGCGUACUCCAACCACAGCGGCCAGUACGGCGGCUACCAAGGCUACGGCGACGCGGACCAGACGCCCACGCGACAACGGGUAACCACCAUGUAUUACCAGCAGCAGCAGCAGCAGCAGCAGCAACAACAACAACAAGCAGCACAGCACGGGUACGAGUUACCGGACUUCGAUCGCUUCGGCGACAGCGAACCGAUUGAGCUCCCGACUUCUAUCUACGAUCAGGGGGGUUAUCAACAACAACAACAACAACAACAACAACAACCGGGCGGCUACGGUAACCAGAGCCAGAGCCAGAGCCAGGGCGGGUAUACCAAUAACCAACAACAGUAUCAAGGUUAUCCGUCCCAGGGUCAACAAUAUCAACAGUAUCAACAACAACAAUUCCCACCCUCACAACCACAACCACAAACCAUCACAAGCGGCAGCGGCGCCCCACAAAUUUACCACCUCCCCGCCGUCGACGGCCGCGAACAACUAACCGAUUGGAACUUGGGUUUCUCCUCCUCCUCCUCGGGCCACGAUAUCAACGACGGAGGCGUGGAAGGCAGAGCGGGACAGAGGGGUAGGUUCAGGGUGGUUAAUGCCGAUCCCAUCACUAGCGAUGAUGACGAUAACAAUGAUGAUGGACCUGGCAGUGGAGAUGAGAGUUGGAAGAGGGAUGCGUUUGCUAGUUUGAAUUUGGCUGGGACGCUUGCUGGUGGUGGUGGGAACGGGGGUGGGGGGAAGUGA